AUGUCGACCGACGGAGCUGCGCACGUUGACGGCGAUGGCAGUGGCAGCGGCAACGGUGGCGCCGAAAGCAGUGGCAGCGGCAACAGGAACGACAACAUCAACGGAGGCAUGGAACAGACUCAUGAGAUUCAGAUGCUGGCAAAGGAACUUGAGAACAACCGCUGUGAAUUGCCUGACAAGUUUGCAAGGGCAAAGGACAGCAAAGGCAAAAAGGUAGAGGGAGAUUCUAGCGCCAAUUUGGUGCAGAAGAAGAACCCUCAUGCAUCCCACAACAACAAGAAGAAAGUCAAGCCUGACGUCAAACCAAACGCCGCUACUGCCUUUAAGAAGAAAGGCAAGAGAAAGGCCAAGGAUGACUGCUUUGUGUGCGGUAAACCUGGGCAUUGGGCCAAGAACUGUCUUGAUCGUAAGGACAAGAAGGCUGCCAACAUGGUCAUUAGCGAGGGCGGAGGAACAUCGGGGUAUGUUCGGGAGAGGUUCCUUCUUGUUGAUGGGAAAUGGGUGACUUGCGGCUGUUCAUGGUGUUGCCUCCUCCUAAUCCUGCUGCUGCUACUCCUCCCCGACGCAGCCCGUUCCCAGCGGCAGCAGCAGCAAUGCCCGCUCAACUUCACCGCGCUGGGGCCCUUCCUGGCUCCGCCGCUCCCCGCCGACGACUCCGCCCGCUGCCUCUUCGCCGUGCAGUCCGUCCGCCUCCUCCUCGCGCUCCACCUCGCCGCCACGGGCUCCUUCGUGCUCCCGGCUAACGCCUCCUGCCUCCGUCCGCUCCGCGCCGCGCUCCCCUUCGCGCUCCCGCCGCCCUCCGCCUGCGGCCUCUCGGGCCUCGACGCGCUCCUCGCGUCCCCCGGAUGCGGCAACGUCUCCUCGCUCGGGGACUUCGACGCCGCCGUCCCCGCCGCCUCGCGCGCGGACAUGAACGCCACCUGCGACCGGGACCUCACCCCCGUCCCCGACUGUACCGCCUGCACCACCUCGCUCAGCAAGGCCGCCGCCGCGUACCUCCUGCCGGGGUCCCCCGACAACGGCGGGAACAACGUCACCGGCUGCGUCCAGUACCCCUUCAUCUACGCCGGCGCCGCCGCCAGCCCGCGUGGCGCCGCCGACCCGGCCACGGCCUUCUGCCUCUACCUUCUCAAGGUGAACUCUCCAUCCAACGCCCGCUCCGGUGUCCCCGGUUGGGUCUACGGCGUCGUGUUUGGCUGCGUCGCCAUGGUGCUGCUCGUCGCCGCGGUUGCUGGCUCUUGGUUCUUCGUGCGGCGGAGGCGGAGGAGGGCAGCGGCGGCGGCGCUGGCUAAGGCCACGGCAGACAGCAGGAGCAAGCGCUCGCAGGCGAUGGAGUCAAUCAGCGCGAGCACCACGCUGGUCCAGUUCACCUACGACGAGGUUAAGGCGGCCACAGGGGGAUUCGCGAGGGAGAGCAUCAUUGGCCGCGGCGGCUUCGGCAAUGUGUACAAGGGUGUACUCCCGGACGGCGCGGAGGUGGCGGUUAAGCGCUUCAAGAACUGCUCGGCGGCCGGGGACGCUGCGUUCGCGCACGAGGUGGAGGUCGUGGCCAGCGUGCGCCAUGUCAACCUGGUCGCCAUCCGUGGGUACUGCAUCGCUACCACGGAGAGAGAGGGGCACCAGCGGAUGAUUGUGUGCGACCUCAUGCAUAAUGGCAGCCUCCACGAUCACCUGUUUGGUGCUGGGGAAUGCCAAAUGGUCUGGCCUGUGAGGCAGAGGAUUGCUAUUGGGAUGGCGCGCGGCCUGGCUUAUCUGCACCGCGGAGCGCAGCCGGCAAUCAUUCACAGGGAUAUCAAAGCGAGCAAUAUCUUGCUUGAUGACGACUUUGAGGCUAUGGUGGCUGAUUUCGGAUUGGCCAAGUUUGCGCCGGAAGGAAUGACACACGUGAGUACACGGGUUGCUGGCACGCUGGGUUAUGUAGCUCCAGAGUAUGCCUUGUAUGGCCAAUUAACCGAAAAGAGUGAUGUCUAUAGCUUUGGAGUUGUGCUUCUUGAGCUUCUAAGCGGAAAGAGGGCAUUCAUCUCCCUUGGUGAAGGCCAGAACUUUGUGCUCAGUGAAUGGGCUUGGUCAUUGGUUCGGAGAGGGAAAACAGUGGAUGUGAUCCAAGAAGGAAUGGCUGAGCCUGGUCCUACUGAGGUAAUGGAGAAGUAUGUACUUGUUGCAGCACUCUGCACACAUCCUCAGCUGCAUGCUAGGCCUACAAUGGAUCAAGUGGUGAAGAUACUAGAAGCAGAUUCAGUGUCUGGGCCUUUAAUUAUUCCGGAGCGCCCUCUCCCGGUAGUUGCAAACCUGGCUGAGAUUGAGAGGUCAGCCAGUGGCAGUGGCUCAGGUCAGCUGUUUAGUCCCUCUGGUUUCCGGUCUUUUACUCGUAUAAAUGAAGAUGCUGAUUUGGAGUCUCCUAAAGAAGAUUGACACUUUCCUUAGCUGAUUAGAGAAAAGUUUAUUGCUAGAUUCUCUAUGUAUCAUAUUUUUUGUUAGCUUGAUUUGUCUUAAUGGGGUUACUCUAUUGUGUAGAUAGAAAUUGUACUUUUCUUCCCACCCAGGAAAUGUAAGAUUCUUUGGUGACAGUUAAUUCAUUUAAA